GUUUAGUGAGGGGUGGGGCCGUACCAUAAGCCACAAAGUUAGCUGUCACAAUUGCCCAAAUUUUCAAAUUAAAAAAAAAAGUUGACCCAAACGAACACCUUUUGUUUUUUUAUUAGAACAAUUAAAAAGUUAAAAAUGGCACCUGCAUUGAAAGAAGAAGAUAACACAUCUGCCACUGUUGAUCAACAAGAAGAAAUGGAUGUUGAUGAAGCCAGUGAUAUUGAAGAACAAGAAGAUGACGAAGAGAAUUCCGACGAAGAUAUGGACGAAGAGCCUGACUUGGUUGUUAGUGCUGAUAAAGUUGAAAUUGUCGGUACUCAUGGUGACCCUACUGCCAUGACUUUUUGUUUCAAGGAAGAGGAUCACACCCUUGGUAACUCUUUAAGACAUGUCAUUAACAAGAAUCGCGAAGUCGACUUUUGUGGUUAUUCUAUUCCUCACCCUUCCGAAGCUAAAAUGAACGUUCGUAUUCAAACCACAGAAAACACAACAGCAAUAGACGCUUUGAAGACAGGUCUCAGUGACUUGCUCGAUAUGGUUUCUCAUAUCCGUGAUUCUUAUGCUGCAGAUUUAGCCAAAAAGGAGUAUGUUGAAUUUGAAGAAAUUGCAUAGAGAAAAGAAGAGGAAGGAUGAAAGAAAAAGAAUAGAGGAAAUUUAUACAUAUAUAUAUAUAUUUUUUUUUUUUUUUUUUUUUUUUUUUACAUACACAUGCAUCUCCAUUAUACGAUUAAUGAAAUAAAUACAAAAUCUACAGUGAAAA